AUGGGACAGUCCCGGGCCGCAUCGGGCUCGCCGGCAUCCCGUGACCACGGGCGGUACAUCCGGGCCGGCGACCUGGUCGUCGUGUUUGCCUCGAGAGACAAGACGCCCAUCCCGCUGACGAUCACACCAGGAGAGUUUCUCACAAACGUCUUUGGCCACUUUUCACACGACGACAUGAUCGGCCUACCCUACGGUAGCAAGAUGAUCUCGCGCAACGGCAGAGGCUACCUCUAUCUGCUUCGACCGACUCCAGAGGUCUGGACCACGGCCCUUCCGCACCGGACCCAGAUCUUGUAUGCGCCCGACAUGUCCUUCAUCACCAUGAAGCUCAACCUCGGCCCGGGCUCUCGGGUCAUUGAGGCGGGCACCGGCAGCGGCAGCUUCAGCCAUUUCCUCGGACGGACCGUCGGGCGAGGCUCCGCCCCGACGUCCAACGUCGAGGCGACGGCGUCGGAGCAGGCCGAGACAAGGGGACAGGUGGUCAGGAACUGGAAAGGCCUGCCCAACGAGAUGCAGACCUCGUCGCGGGGCACCAGGGACCCCAACAAGGCCACCGAGGCUGAGGAGAGCACUGCCGGCACAUCGAGCUCUGCAGAGACGGGCGCGGCCACACAGACCAACGGCGGUAGCGCCAGCGCGCCCAUCGACGGCACGGUUCCAGACUUGGAGGGCAAGCUGUGGAGCUUCGAGUUCCACGCCGGACGUGCCGAAAAGGCAAGGGUCGAGUUUGCGGCCCACGGACUUGACCGAGUCGCGACUUUGACGCAUCGCAACGUCUGCAAGGACGGCUUUGGGCUGUCGGACGCUGCCGAUGCCGUCUUCCUCGACCUGCCGGCACCGUGGGAGGCCGUCCCGUACGCCGCCGUAGCGUUGCGCCGCAAGACGCUGGGUCGCAUCUGCUGCUUUUCGCCGUGCAUCGAGCAGGUGCUCAAGACAGUGGCAGCGCUCACCGAAAAUGGCUUCAGCGACAUCGAGACGUUCGAGAGCCUGGUCAAGACGCACGAGAGCACGUCGAUGGGGCCCGAGGUGACCAUUGACGAGGCCAUCGACCGGAUCAAGGAGGUCGAGAGGCGGAAAGAGGCCCGACGCCUGACGCAGAUCGAGCGGUCGCGCAUGGCAAAGGACCUCGACGACGGCGCACCUGGCAGCUCGCGCGCCCAGUCGUCGCAGCCCUCGGAAGGCCCGGACGGCGGCGGCGAAGGCCUGGAAAGUGGCGAUCCCAGCAACCCGCUGGCUGAGCCUGCCAAGAAGCGGAAGCGGCCCGAAUCCGAUCCUGCAGCAGAGUCGGACAACGAGGGAGAGUCGUCGACCGCCGCCGCCGAUGCCGCGCGGACGAUAGCCAUCACCAAGCGCAAGGCGCGGCAGCUGCAGCAGCAGAAGCAGCAGUCGACGCCGUUCCAGGCCGCCACCGUCUACUCUCGACCGUACCACGAGAUGCGCGGCCACACGAGCUACCUGACCUUUGCCACCCUCCUGCCACGGGACAUGGAGAAAGCUGGCGGCGGGGACGUGCGCUCGUAG